AAUUUCCGGGUCUUUGGAGAACUGCAUUUGGAGGAGCCACGAAGUGCGCGGAGAGAAACGUAGUGGCAAGCAAGCAGUCCCAAAACUUUUCUACUGCCCUAGAUUUCACUCUAGUUCUAGUUUUAUCUCGGCCUGUUACGGAACGUCGAUUCGGACAUCCAGUUGAUAUUCAUCAACAUGACGUUGUGGGUCAGUGGUGCUUGACCGGUGAGAUUUUGCAAGUGCAUAGAGAGAGCUGGGCGACGUCACAGACGCCUCAUCGGACGUGGCCUAGGCAGGGCGCUACGCGGACUGUGGAGCCAGCAGGAUGCCCGGACCUCCACCACCCCCGCCACCGCCCGGACCCCCCCCUCCGCCCACCUUCAACCAGGCAAACACUUCGAAACCCAACCUGAGCCGGGAUGAGGCCAAAGGGCGAGGGGCGCUUCUCUCGGACAUCCACAAAGGGGCCAAACUGAAGAAGGUGGGAGUGGUCAACGACAGGAGUGCUCCCAUCAUAGACAGUAAAAGUGGAGGAGGAGGUGGAGGAGGAGGUGGAGGAGGAGGAUCUUCAGGAGGAGGAGGCGGGUCCUCAGGAGGUGGUGGGCCAAUGGGAAUGGGCGGCCUGUUUGCCGGAGGCAUGCCCAAGCUACGGUCAGUCGGAGAGUCCAGCACGGUGGGCCGAUCGGCCCUGCGCCCGCCCGGCUCUCGCCCGUCGGCCCCCCGACCCCCGCCCGGCCGCGCCGCCUCCCCCGUGGGUCGCCGGACCGCCUCUCCGGCCAACGGCCGCUCCUCCUCUCCUCCUCCUCCUCCCCGCUCCCAGCGCCCCUCCCUCCCGGACAUCUCCCGCCCCCCGCCUCACAGCAGCAGCAGCAGCGGCGUCAGCUCGCUCUCCUCUUCCGGGUCGUCGUCUUCUCUGGCGGGGAUGAAGCACAGCAGCUCCGCCCCUCCGCCUCCGCCCCCGUUCGGGCGUCAUAACAACAGCGGCCCGCCCAAGCCCCCUCCGAGCAGCAGCAGCAGUAGUAGUAGCUCGUCUCACAGCAGUAACAGGGACAAGCCCCUACCGCCGCCACCCUCCCACCACCAUUCAAGUAGCAGUAGCAGCAGCAGCAGUCACUCCAGGAACCCACCGCCCCCCUCGCGCUCCUCGUCCGCCUCCGUCGCCGCUACACCUCCGCCUCCCCCGCCCCCUUACCGCCAUCCCGGCACCUCCAACGGAGGAGGGGGGGACCCGGCGCCGGAGCUGCCCACCAGGAGGAACUCUCUACACAGGGGGCAUGGGGGGCGCAACCACCAGGCGCCCCCUCCGCCGCCACCCCCGUCCUCUAUCCCCGCCCCGGGAGGAGGACGCCCUCCGCCACCCGCGCGGGAUCCACCUGGACGUAGAUCAGGUCCUCACGCUCCUCCGUCGUCCAAUCGUAAUGGGGGGGCUCCCCCUCCGCCUCCCCCGUACCGGGGGCACAGCGGGUCGACCUCCUCCUCCUCCUCCUCCUCCGAGCCCCCCGCUCGCUCCAAACCGGCCCCGCCGCCCAUGUCGUCCUCUCGGACCCCCGCCCAGCCUCCGCCUCCGCCCCCACCCCUCCGCAACGGCCACUCCACACCGCUGGGACACUCCAAGAGCUCUGGAGAUGACUUUGAGUCAAAGUACAGUUUCCAUGCUAUCGAGGAUCUCCCACCCCCCGAAGAUUAUGUGCCCUUUACUAAGGUCUAUCCCAGCAAGGUGAACCGAGGCAUGAGCAGGGGAGCACCUCCCGCGCCACCCAUCUCCAGAUGAACACGCUAAGGAUACUCAGGAUACAGGGGACACCCACACCCCCCUCUCCUCCACUCCUAUACAUCAUCUACAGUCAGGUCUACAUUGACUUGAUCUCUCUCUCUCUUUCUCUCAAACACACACUCUCCCCUCUACACCACCACCCCCUCUUUCUCAUUCUGGCUUUCUUCCUUUCCCCCCUUUUUCUUCCUCUCCUUCUCUACAUUGCGUGUUUAGCCAGUCCAGAGCAAACACUCUUGAUCACCAGCCAAGAGCCCAAGACUAUCCCUUCUCCCUCUCGUUUUUUUGAGGAUGCUGUUUUUGACCUUUUGGACCUUUCACUUGAUCUUGACAAAAUGGUGCUCACCCACGGCGCCAAACUGCACAACGACAACUACAACAGACCACUUGAAGAUGAUUUUAUACGAGAGAAAAAAAGAAAAGAAAAGAAAAGAAAAGAAAAGGACUUUUUUCCCCCUUUCUGCUAAGGCCAUCUUCUGAACUGGCACCUCAUCAGAUUGAACUGAAGGCAUCAGGCUUGGCCGCUCUAGCUGGAUGGAUGACAUUUAUAAACUGACCCUAAGGACCACACAGUCAGCUGGGCCGCGAGUGGGCCGCAGCGCAGGACAAAAAAUAUAUAUUCCUCAUGAUUCGAAGCACUUAUAAGCUGAUCAUUCCUCUUGUGCUUCUCAGGAAGAGCACAGAACAUCUGAUUGUUGGACCGUAGCACACUUAGAAAUGGAAAAAUGCUCAUUCCUCUCCUGCUUCCCUGGAAGAACACGAAAAUUCGAAUUGGAGCAAACUCUGAAAUGGAGACUUGAUGUCGGUCUUGAUGUCGUCAUAUGAGUUGUUUAUCAGCUGCUCGGUUCAAAAAUCAGACCGCCAUAAUCUUAUGCUUCAUGGUGGUUCAUAUGCUGUGUGGACAAUCAUUCCCUGUUUUUAUGGAUAUCACACGUUGCCUUUAAAACAAACUACUUCUCAGUGAAAUAUUUGAGGAUGCUGCCGGAAACUUGGUCUGCUCUUCCUCCCAACACUGUGGACACACCAUGUGUGUAACGUCACUUCACUUCUCCGCAGUAGCUUUGGACGCAACAAAUAGCAGGACAAGAUGUGCUAACAGGUUAGCUGCAGCUCUUCUUUGUUCUCUCUCAACUAGCCAAAGUAGCCAGGUUUUAAAUAAUUUGAGAGGCAUCAAUGCCAAUACUCAUUCCAAUAAUUGAUAUUGUUUUGUUUUGUUUGUUUUGUAAAGGGUUGGGGAGAUCCAGGCGGUUAUUCGAGAAAGGAGGAUUUUUUCUAAUCACUAAUUUGGGCGUGUUCAGUUCACUCAAAGUAAAUUGAUAAAGUCCUAAAUAAAAGAAUGGUAUAGCUUCUUUUCUUUUUAGUAAAACAACGCCAUUGGGUUAUUUUUAUUGCAAAGUUUAAAAUUUUGAGUUCAACAAUCAACCCCUCUGGUUCAGUCAGUUAAACCACCUAUUUUUGGAAUACUCCCCUUAAUCAUAAUGUGUUUAGUGUCUGGGUUGAAUGCUCAGGCGUAAUUUCCUUUGAGAGUUUGUUUGUCAAGAUAUUUGCACAAUGUUCAAAUGAGUACACAAUUAGAAAAUAAUAUGUUUCAUGACAUCCACCUUUUCUAUUUUUUUUUCUUCUCUCUUGUGUGGUUGACUUUAAUAUUUCCAAUCCCAAAGUAGGUAAACACUUCAUAGCUUGCCUUGUGACACUUUGCUGAGGUAAACUUGCAAUGACAUUGAUGGUUGAGUGCGUGAAUGGUGCCCUCUUGUGCCAGAGUUCACUCUUUAAAAGGACCAGCGGUUCCUUUUUAGGGCCCAAUCACCUACGCUGCGAAGGCCUCUCUUGUUUGGUGUCAGUGUUUUGUUUGCUUUUUAAUUUUAUGACACACUUGCAAAGCUGGGUUGAAUUGACUUUGUGGUAGGAGAUGCAAUGAUGCAAAGAUCAUUGCAGGAGUCUUUCAGACUGAACUGAAAUGCAAAACACUAAAGCAAUCUGAACACUAAUUUUCCGGUAGUUAUUACUUUCCAAGCAUUUUUGUGAGUGCUAUGGGGACUUUAUACCUGGGCGGCGGGGCUGAUUGUUAUUUGUUGGUUUGUUAGUUAAUUUGUUUGUUUACGGAGGUGUGGCUGUGAACACUAAAGUGACCAAGCCAUAUUUAUACGUUCACUUUUAUAAUUUUGAGAAAAGUACACUUUAACGGCUGCUGCUUAUUUUGAUUGUUGACAUUCCCAAACAAGCUGUGGCAAAGUGAACUACUACACAGCCCCCCCAGGCCAAGCUUGCCAUAAUGACCAAGAAGCCCUAAUCAAAUGUGAACCAGCAAAGAAGACACACUUGAAAGGCGGUCCUUGCCUGCAGUGAAUUUGUUUCUCCACUAGAGGGGCUUAACGUCCUCCUUUUUUUAUAUCAGCAGAGAUCCUCUCUACUCUCUCUGAUAUCAGUGGGUAAAUUCCAAUAUGUAGACUUCCGUCCUCCCUUGCUCACUUGCCCGCUUGUGACCUCAUGAUGAUGUCAUUGACAACAGAAAAUAAAUUCAAUAUCUUGCAAAAGCACAAUUCUAAUGUCAUUUUCUCAAUUUGCAAUCGGGAUGGAGAAUGGAAAAACAGUCCCCCAAAAAUUGUUGUGGUUAGGUUGACAGCUGUGAAACUUUAUUGUUAUCUCCACGGAGGCGGGGCGAGGCCACAAGCACGAUUGGACGACGGGAGUUUGCAUAUUGGAGUGCACCCAGUGUCUCUCUUUUUGAAUGAGCAAGAAAGAUGUGAGCACACAUUCAGCACACGACUACUCUCUUGAUUGUUGUUAGGUGGCCAUGGGCACAGUUUAGAAUCCGAAUACCGAUCCCUGUCUGUUUCAAGAUAAUUAGUAAGGAGAUAUGUUAAGAUUUAUACCCAGUCUAAAACCCCUCGUAUAUACACUACUUUGAUGUCUUACUUUGGUUUGCCUGGGUUUAUACUGAUCUACCUAUAUGGGGCAUUGACAAAGCAUUCCCCACACAAAAUGGGGGAAGGGAAACAAGGGAUGAUGAUUUAAAUUGCUUAAGAACGUUUUGUUGUUGAAUUUCGAUACCUCUGCCAAUAUGAAACCCAUUUCGCAAUUGUGACGAGGCUGUUGACCAAUCACAUAUCCUCAAAUGUGCCAGUGGGCCAGUCAAGUUGUUGGCUGGCUUGUUAUGUCCCUCCCCCCUCAAUCCUCACAAGAAUGUCUGCCAUCAUUAGCCUAUUGUGGUUUGUUAUUCCUGCAAUAUAUUCAGACCCAUGGCAGUUUUUUUUGUGUAGUUGUGUUGUCAUAAUGGCUCACUGUGCCUUAAACUGAUAUAAUGUUGGUACAAGUGUAUGUGUUUUUCCUCACAAAAAAUGUAUGCAGCAGCAAUCUUAAUAAUGAUAUAUAUGACAGCAGGAAAAUACUAAGUUCAAGCUCAAGAUAGAACGUGCACAAGUCUUAUGCAAAAAGGUUUACCUUAGUCUGUUUGAAUUAAGUGAAUAAAUGAAUAUGCUAAAUAAAUGACAUGACUAAGAAAUGAA